GUGGUUGUGGAACAGGAGAUGGAAUUGGAUAUGGAAGAGUCCAUUGAGGACAUGGACAUUGAUUAAAAAGGUUCCCAGGGCUGGAGGUCCCUGGCACAGCCACCCCAGGAGUGAGGGUCCCUGUGCACAGAGGGGUCCCACUGACAGAGAUAAUAAAUCAGCCUUCUGAGAAACAUGGAGUCAAGCUCGUGUCUCCACACAUGGGGGUGCUCCAGAAGCCUGGACAUGUUGGCAGCAUGGACAGGGGGGACCCAUGGAUACCCCAGGACCCUGAAACAGGAACCCUGGACAGUGCUGACCCCUGGGACGCCUGUGAUGACAAAGUGGAUUUCUCAUUCCCAAACCUUGGCCGGAUGGAAGAGGAGGCUGUGAGGAAGAGGAAGAUGCCCUGGGACAUGCAGGCAGGUGAGGAGGAAGUGAGUGCUGACGCCAGCAAUUAUUUACAGACACGAACGGAACGGGACUACACCUGAACAGCGUCGUGAGCUGUUUAUUUAAGAAGCAUCAGUCUCAUUACAUGGUUAUGGCAAUGGAUCAAUGCGAGCAGCUCACUAUCCAGACUGAAGGCCAAGGAAACUUAAUGUUGCAACAUAUUAUAAGAUAGUUUCAGACCUAGUUUCAGCCAAUUACAUAGAGCAAAAGCAUAUUGACAGUCAUUCUAUCCAACCACAUGAAGCACACGUAGCUUUGGUUAAAACAAUAGCAACUUUUUCUCUCAUACAAUGGUUCGUUUAUAAACGACAAAGCACAGAGCCCUAUUCAUAUUUCACCUUCUAAAUAUUUACUAAAAUCUACCUUUUUGCAACUUAGAAAGCCAAACUACAUAGCUUUAUUGUUCUAUUUCUCAUGUCUUCGCUACUGCUGAUAUCUCUUUUCUGCUGCUUAAGCAUUUCACUAUCCUUACUGUCUCUGAGGCCUUUCUUUUUCCCAGCUUUCCUAAAAUCCUCUAAUCCCAUGGAUUCCCACACCCCGGGACAUGCAGGCAGACAAAGAACUGGGGAUGGGCACCAGGGAGGCCAAAUGCCCACGACAGAACCUCGUGGAAGUGGAUGUUUUGAGCUCUGCCACAGUGCAGAAUUCCAGCAGGGAGGAAAAGUCCCAGAGAUCACGCAGAAGUAGGGGUUCCAAACCCAGCCCAGGGUGCUCUGAGGAGGAAAGACCCACCCUGAGCCAGGAAGGUGGACAGAGCUACAGCCAGGGAUCAGAGCUGGUGGUCCAGGAGCAGCUUCAUGAUGGGGAGAAGCCCUACAAGUGCUUGGAGUGUGGGAAGAGCUUCAGGCAGAGCAGCACCCUGAUCAGCCACCAGAUGAUCCACACCGGGGAAUGGGCCUACGAGUGUGGGGAAUGUGGGAAGGGCUUCAGGUGCAGCUCAGAACUCAUCAGGCACCAAUGCAUCCACACUGGGGAGAGGCCCUACGAGUGUCCCCAGUGUUGGAAGAGGUUUCAGAGCAGCUCCAAUCUCCUCCUGCAUGAGCGGAUUCACACGGAUGAGAGGCCCUUCCGCUGCCUCGACUGCAGGAAGGGCUUCAAGUACAACUCCAACCUCGUCACCCAUUGGUGCAUCCACAGUGGGGAGAGGCCCUACGAAUGUCCCCAGUGUGGGAAGAGCUUCACCAACAGUUCUAACUUGACCCAACACCUACGGAAGCACCAGUAAGGGAAGCCCUGCAAAUGCCGUAGUUGCAGGAAGAGCUUCAUGCCCAGUUGCAGCUUCAUCCCCGAUUGUAGGUCCCAUGUGGGAAGAGCCCUGGUGAUCGAUGGUCCCUGUGAUCCAUGCUGGGAAGACACCUGUACCUUUUCCUACCCCUGCCAACGACAUGAUGUGGGAUCAAAUAACAUGAGGGUCAGGCCAUGGCCCUGUCAUUACAUUCACUCCCAUCUCUAGUCAGUGCUAGGAACACGAAAGAGACUCCCUGUCUCCCUGAAGAGAAGGGUGUCCUUCCCAGGAGCGAGGAUAAACAUGGUUGGGUAGAGGCAGUCAGUGGUAAUGUAGCUUUUCCUGCAAAUCCUUUCUCUUAUUCCUUGCUGUUAUCGAUAUUGUUUCUGUUGCUGUUUGUUCUUUGUCUUGUUGCUAUUCCCGAUAAAUUAUUCUUAUCCCA